AUGGCCAGUCUCCGCCAGUCUAUCCAUCACGUAGGGCAAUACCCCCUCUUAUUUUGCACCAGCGAGGCUGAUUGGAGUUGUCCAGCGGAGGGAACCGGCUCUGGAUCCUGGGCAUCUGCCUACCAAAAGGCUAGAGAAUUUGUGGAUAAGCUCACCCCAGCAGAGAAGCUGAACUUGACCGCAGGAUACGCCACCGACAAUGGCUGCUCUGGGAAUAUCCCGCCCAUUGAGCGGUUGGGCUUUCCUGGGAUGUGUAUGUCGGAUGCUGGGAAUGGCCUGAGAAAUACCGACUAUGUUAGCAGCUGGCCCAGUGGAAUCCAUGUCGGAGCGAGCUGGAACAAAGCAUUAGCAAGACAGCGAGCAAUCCACAUGGGAGCUGAAUUUGCUCGAAAAGGUGUCAAUAUGAUGCUGGGACCCGUUGCCGGGCCGCUUGGUCGUGUCGCUGAGGGCGGACGCAAUUGGGAAGGCUUCUCGGAUGAUCCGUACCUGAGCGGUGCGCUAGUAUAUCAGACUGUCCAAGGCGCACAGUCUUCGGGGGUUGGGACUUGUACCAAGCAUUUCAUUGCGAAUGAACAAGAGACAAAUCGAUACCCCGGAGACAACGCACAGGGUGAGUAUGUGCAAUCAGUCAGCUCGAACCUCGACGACAAGACGAUGCAUGAACUGUACCUCUGGCCGUUUCAGGAUGCUGUGCUGGCUGGUACUGCAUCGGUUAUGUGUUCGUACCAGCGCAUCAACAACUCCUAUGGCUGCCAGAACAGCAAGACAAUGAACGGCCUUUUGAAGACUGAGCUCGGAUUUCAAGGAUAUGUGAUGACGGAUUGGGGCGCACAGUGGGCUGGCAUCGCCUCGGCCAAUGCUGGGUUGGAUAUGGUCAUGCCUGAAUCGACGAUGUGGGGUAAUAACUUGACUACUGCCAUCUCCAAUGGAUCCAUGACAGCCUCUAGGCUAGAUGAUAUGGUGACCAGAAUUAUGGCGACUUGGUACCAACUGGACCAGGAAAAACGUAUUCCCCAUCCAGGUAUUGGAAUGCCCGUGGAUGUGACUGCUGCGCAUCAGAGAAUUAUUGGCAAAUCGCCCGAUUCCAAGCCAAUUCUGCUCCAAGGUGCCAUCGAGGGUCAUGUCUUGGUCAAAAACACAAACAAUGCAUUACCCUUGAAGUCUCCCAGGCUCGUGUCAGUCUUUGGUUAUGAUUCCCAUGGCCCAGAUUUUCUGGAUACGCAACCUGCAGGAAUCUCCUCUUCCUCUGCCCAGGCAACACAGAACAGUACAUUAUAUGUUGGAGGAGGUUCUGGCUUGAAUUCAGCCGCUUACGUUGAUACCCCCCUGGGUGCUAUUCAACAACAAGCAUAUUCCGACGGUAGCUCCGUCAUGUGGAACUUUGAUUCCCAAGAUCCCGAUGUCGACACGACAACCGACGUAUGCUUGGUUUUUGUCAAUGCCUAUUCCACUGAGGGCUGGGACCGUCCGGGGCUGAGUGACAGUUACAGCGAUACUUUAAUCACUAAUGUGGCUGGCAAGUGCUCAAAUACAGUGGUGGUUAUUCACAAUGCUGGAAUUCGGUUGGUUGAUGAGUGGAUUGAACAUGAAAACGUUACCGCAGUCAUGUUUGCCCACUUGCCUGGUCAAAAUACCGGAAGAGCCCUGGUUGAUCUCCUCUAUGGCAGGGCUAAUCCGUCUGGUCGUCUGCCGUACACGGUGGCUAAGAGGGCGGAUGACUACAGGUCUCUGCUUCGUCCCUCGGAGCCAGAAGGCAAAUACUGGCUGUUCCCGCAAUCUGACUUUAGCGAGGGUCAGUUCAUUGAUUAUCGAGCGUUCGAUGAGAAGAAUAUUUCUCCGCGGUUUGAAUUUGGCUAUGGCCUGUCCUACACAACUUUCGAGUAUUCAGAUCUGAGCCUGCGCAAGACAGACCGGCCAUCAUCACAGUACCCACCUUCAGCGACGGUCAUGCAAGGUGGCAACCCACACCUGUGGGACGAGCUUAUCACAGUCACUGCGGUUGUGCACAAUACGGGCAGCGUGGACGGGGAUGAAGUCGCACAGCUCUAUGUCGGGAUUCCAAACGGACCGGUUCGCCAACUGCGUGGAUUCGAGAAGGUAACAAUAGCAACCGGAAAGAGAAAGACUGUCUCUUUCUCGCUGACCCGAAGAGAUUUGAGUGCUUGGGACGUGGAAGUUCAGCAAUGGGCUCUGCAGCGCGGAACCUACAAGAUCUGGCUUGGCCACUCGAGUCGGGAAUUGCCCCUCGAGAGUACAUUUACCAUCUAG